AUGGCAUCUCCGAAUUCUCUCUCCAAAGUCGCUAUGGAUUCACAAACCGACGGUUUCAGUGGUUGUUCCCCAAGGCUCGUAGCCUUAGCUCAAGAGCUUCGUCUCUAUAAACCUCCUCGAUCGAUUUAUGAAAUUGAUGUUGAAGAGGAAAGCAUUGAAGACAGUGCCGGGAAGGCUGUUUCUCAAGUGGGUUUUCCAGAGUCUGCAACCCCAAUGGCCAAUGAGCCAAAAAAGUUCAGACCCAAGAGAGCUGCAGUUCUGAUCUGUCUCUUUGAAGGGGAUGAUGGUGAUCUUCGUGUCAUCCUCACUAAGAGGGCUUCCAAGCUUUCUACUCACUCAAGUGAAGUUGCGUUGCCUGGAGGGAAGGCAGAGGAGGCAGAUGCAAAUGAUGUCGAGACAGCAACUAGAGAAGCCAGGGAAGAGAUAGGCUUGGAUCCUUCAUUUGUGAAUAUUGUGACUACCCUUGAGCAGUUCUUGUCCUUGCACCUCAUUAUAGUAAUUCCUGUCAUUGGCAUACUUUCUGAUAAGAAAGCCUUCAAGCCUGCUCUUAAUGCUGCUGAAGUGGAAGCAGUAUUUCACGCUCCCUUGGAAAUGUUUCUAAAGGAUGAUAAUCGGAGAUCAAAAGAGAUACAGUGGGCUGGAGACCUGUGGCUGAUGCAUUUCUUUGACUAUGAAAUGAAUGAUAAGAAGUAUGUGAUAUUUGGUUUAACUGCUGCGAUUCUGAUUAGGGCAGCAUCUGUUGUGUUCAAAAGGUCACCAGCUUUCCUGGAGCAGAAUCCAAAAUUUAAGCCCAAGAUUAAAACAAGGCUUUGAAAAGAAUAAGAUUUUGGAGCCAAUUGGCAACAAGUGUGAAGCAAUAUCUUCCUGGAGUAUUAUUGUCAAGACACUCACUCUAGAUCUUCCUUCUGAGCUUCCCCCAGGUCCUCCUUCCAUGCGCAGAAUGCUUAUUCUAUGACAUCAAUACCUUUCAGAAUAUAGUUCACAGGGUUGUGGAGGAAAGGCUAUCCAUACUACCAUUUUAGAGAUAGUUUAAACCAGUUCAGAAAAAUAGAAGUUCAGCUGCAAAGCUUCAGCUUGAAUGACGAUCAUGAAAGCCAGAACUGCUCUUUGCCUGAUGAAAGGAAUUUUUCUCUCUUUUCUCCAAAAAAUGAGAAAAACCCUUCUCUGUUGGCUUAUGAAUAGAAGUGGCCUUGCUAUAAGUCAUAUUGUUUUUUCAUGUUUUAGUGUGAAACUUCAGUAUUCAUCCUUCUGAAUGUAGAAACAUUGUAGAGUAUUGAUUCACUUAAAACAUUAACCAAUUAUGAUGGGUGCUUUGACAAGCUAUUCUGUUAGAACCUUGGUGGAGAG